CCUCCGAGCGCAGCCGCGCCGGCUCCCGGAGCCCCGCCGAGCCCGCCCGGGCGCCCAGCGGCGCUCCCAGCCCCGGCCGCGCCGGCGAUGCGGGGCCGCCCCGCGCCCGCUGCAGUCCCGGCCGCGGCGCCCGCGGGAAGGGGCUGAGCCGCCCGCCGCCGCCCGAAUGGGGAGCCUCGCCGCGCUCGCCCUCAGCCUGCUCCUGCGGCUGCAGCUGCCGCCGCUGCCCGGCGCCCGCGCGCAGAGCGCCGCAGGUGGCUGUGCCUUUGAUGAGCACUACAGCAACUGUGGUUAUAGCGUGGCCCUGGGGACCAAUGGUUUUACCUGGGAGCAGAUUAACACGUGGGAGAAACCAAUGCUGGACCCAGCGGUGCCCACAGGAUCCUUCAUGAUGGUGAACAGCUCUGGGAGAGCCUCUGGCCAGAAGGCCCAUCUUCUCCUGCCUACCCUGAAGGAGAAUGACACCCACUGCAUCGAUUUCCAUUACUACUUCUCCAGCCGCGACAGGUCCAGCCCAGGAGCCUUGAAUGUCUAUGUGAAGGUGAACGGCGGGCCCCAGGGGAACCCUGUCUGGAACGUGUCUGGGGUCGUCACUGAGGGCUGGGUGAAGGCAGAGCUUGCCAUCUCCACAUUCUGGCCACAUUUCUACCAGGUGAUAUUUGAAUCCGUCUCUUUGAAGGGCCACCCUGGCUACAUCGCUGUGGACGAGGUGCGGGUCCUCGCACAUCCUUGCAGAAAAGCACCUCACUUUCUGCGGCUCCAAAAUGUCGAGGUGAACGUGGGGCAGAACGCCACGUUUCAGUGCAUUGCUGGUGGGAAGUGGUCCCAGCAUGACAAACUUUGGCUCCAGCAAUGGAAUGGCAGGGACACUGCCCUCAUGGUCACCCGCGUGGUCAACCACAGGCGCUUCUCGGCCACGGUCAGCGUGGCCGACACUGCCCAGAGGAGUGUGAGCAAGUACCGCUGUGUGAUCCGCUCCGACGGUGGCUCCGGUGUGUCCAACUAUGCUGAGCUGAUUGUGAAAGAGCCUCCUACACCCAUCGCCCCCCCAGAGCUGCUGGCCGUGGGGGCCACAUACCUGUGGAUCAAGCCAAAUGCCAACUCUAUCAUUGGGGAUGGCCCCAUCAUCCUGAAGGAGGUGGAAUAUCGCACCACCACGGGCACCUGGGCCGAGACCCACAUAGUCGACUCUCCCAACUAUAAGCUGUGGCAUCUGGACCCUGAUGUGGAGUACGAGAUCCGGGUGCUACUCACACGACCGGGGGAGGGGGGCACGGGGCCCCCAGGGCCCCCCCUCACCACCAGAACCAAGUGUGCAGACCCAGUGCACGGCCCGCAGAACGUGGAGAUCGUGGACAUCCGAGCCCGGCAGCUGACCCUGCAGUGGGAGCCCUUCGGCUAUGCAGUGACCCGCUGCCACAGCUACAACCUCACUGUGCAGUACCAGUACGUGUUCAACCAGCAGCAGUACGAGGCCGAGGAGGUCAUUCAGACCUCCUCCCACUACACUCUGCGGGGCCUGCGCCCCUUCAUGACCAUCCGGCUGCGGCUCCUGCUGUCCAACCCCGAGGGCCGGAUGGAGAGCGAGGAGCUGGUGGUACAGACGGAGGAGGAUGUUCCAGGAGCUGUUCCUCUGGAAUCCAUUCAAGGCGGGCCCUUCGAGGAGAAGAUCUACAUCCAGUGGAAGCCUCCCAAUGAGACCAAUGGGGUCAUCACGCUCUAUGAGAUCAACUACAAAGCCGUUGGCUCUCUGGACCCAAGUGCAGACCUCUCCAGCCAGAGGGGGAAAGUGUUCAAGCUCCGGAAUGAAACCCACCACCUCUUUGUGGGUCUGUACCCAGGGACAACCUACUCCUUCACCAUCAAGGCCAGCACAGCAAAGGGCUUUGGGCCCCCCGUCACCACUAGGAUCGCCACCAAAAUUUCAGCUCCGUCGAUGCCUGAAUAUGACACAGACACCCCUCUGAAUGAAACAGACACAACCAUCACGGUGAUGCUGAAGCCCGCUCAGUCUCGGGGAGCACCUGUCAGUGUUUAUCAGCUGGUUGUCAAGGAAGAGCGGCUUCAGAAGUCACGGAGAGCAGCUGACCUCGUUGAGUGCUUUCCGGUGCCUGUGAGCUAUAGGAACGCCUCCAGCCUCGAUUCUCUGCACUACUUCGCUGCUGAGCUGAAGCCCGCCAACCUGCCUGUCACCCAGCCAUUCACAGUGGGUGACAACAAGACAUACAAUGGCUACUGGAACCCUCCUCUUUCCCCUCUGAAAAGCUACAGCAUCUACUUCCAGGCACUCAGCAAAGCAAAUGGAGAGACCAAAAUCAACUGUGUUCGUCUGGCUACGAAAGCGCCAAUGGGCAGCGCCCAGGUGACCCUGGGGACUCCACGCUGCCUCCUCACCACAGGUGCCUCCACUCAGAAUUCUAACACCGUGGAGCCAGAGAAGCAGGUGGACAGCACCGUGAAGAUGGCCGGUGUGAUCGCCGGCCUCCUGAUGUUCAUCAUCAUUCUCCUGGGCGUGAUGCUGACCAUCAAAAGGAGAAGAAAUGCUUAUUCCUACUCCUAUUACUUGAAGCUGGCCAAGAAGCAGAAGGAGACGCAGAGUGGAGCCCAGAGGGAGAUGGGGCCUGUAGCCUCGGCCGACAAACCCGCCGCCAAGCUGGGCACCAGCCGCAACGAGGAAGGCUUCUCCGCUAGCUCCCAGGACGUUAACGGAUUCACAGACGGCAGCCGCGGGGAGCUGUCCCAGCCCACGCUGACGAUCCAGACCCACCCCUACCGGGCUUGCGACCCCGUGGAGAUGAGCUAUCCCCGGGACCAGUUCCAGCCCGCCAUCCGGGUGGCUGACCUGCUGCAGCACAUCACACAGAUGAAGAGAGGCCAGGGCUAUGGGUUCAAGGAAGAAUAUGAGAAAGAUCUCUCUGAUUACAGUGGAGAAUGGAUUGAAGGGGACAAAACGAAAGCAAGAGAAACCAGUGAGGAGACUCAUGGGAAAGUAUUUCUCCAGGCCUUACCAGAGGGGCAGACUGCUUCGUGGGACACAGCCAAAGAGGAUGAAAACCGCAAUAAGAAUCGAUACGGGAACAUCAUCUCCUAUGACCAUUCCCGAGUGCGGCUGCUGGUGCUGGAUGGAGACCCACACUCCGACUACAUCAACGCCAACUACAUUGAUGGAUACCAUCGACCUCGCCACUACAUUGCAACUCAGGGUCCCAUGCAGGAGACCGUGAAGGACUUUUGGAGGAUGAUCUGGCAGGAGAACUCAGCCAGCAUCGUCAUGGUGACAAACCUCGUGGAGGUGGGCAGGCACCCAGCGGAACACACUGUGGGAAAUGCCACUCUAGGCCGUGCGGCGUCCCCCGGAAUGGUGAAGUGUGUGCGGUACUGGCCGGAUGACACGGAGGUCUAUGGAGACAUUAAAGUCACACUGAUUGAAACAGAGCCCCUGGCAGAAUAUGUCAUACGCACCUUCACAGUCCAGAAGAAAGGCUACCACGAGAUCCGGGAGCUCCGCCUCUUCCACUUCACCAGCUGGCCUGACCACGGUGUGCCCUGCUAUGCCACUGGUCUCCUGGGCUUCGUCCGCCAGGUCAAGUUCCUCAACCCCCCUGAAGCUGGGCCCAUAGUGGUCCACUGCAGUGCUGGAGCUGGGAGGACUGGCUGCUUCAUCGCCAUCGACACCAUGCUUGACAUGGCCGAGAACGAAGGGGUAGUGGACAUCUUCAACUGUGUGCGUGAGCUUCGGGCCCAGAGGGUCAACCUGGUGCAGACGGAGGAGCAAUACGUGUUUGUGCAUGACGCCAUCCUGGAAGCGUGCCUCUGCGGCAACACAGCCAUUCCCGUGUGCGAGUUCCGCUCUCUCUACUACAACAUCAGCAGGCUGGACCCCCAGACCAACUCCAGCCAAAUCAAAGAUGAAUUUCAGACCCUCAACAUCGUGACUCCCCGCGUCCGGCCCGAGGACUGCAGCAUCGGGCUCCUGCCCCGGAACCAUGACAAGAAUCGGAGCAUGGAUGUCCUGCCCCUGGACCGCUGCCUGCCCUUCCUCAUCUCGGUGGAUGGAGAAUCCAGCAACUACAUCAAUGCAGCACUGAUGGACAGCCACAAGCAGCCUGCCGCCUUUGUGGUCACCCAGCACCCUCUACCCAACACCGUGGCAGACUUCUGGAGGCUGGUGUUCGAUUAUAACUGCUCCUCUGUGGUGAUGCUGAAUGAGAUGGACACUGCUCAGCUCUGUAUGCAGUACUGGCCCGAGAAGACCUCCGGGUGCUACGGGCCCAUCCAGGUGGAGUUUGUCUCUGCAGACAUCGAUGAGGACAUCAUCCACAGAAUAUUCCGCAUCUGCAACAUGGCACGGCCGCAGGAUGGGUAUCGCAUAGUCCAGCACCUCCAGUACAUCGGCUGGCCCGCCUACCGGGACACACCACCCAACAAGCGCUCUUUGCUCAAAGUGGUCCGCCGGCGGGAGAAGUGGCAGGAGCAGUAUGACGGGCGGGAGGGACGCAGCGUGGUGCACUGCCUAAAUGGGGGAGGCCGCAGUGGAACCUUCUGUGCCAUCUGCAGUGUGUGUGAGAUGAUUCAGCAGCAAAACAUCAUUGACGUGUUCCAUAUCGUGAAAACGCUGCGUAACAACAAGUCCAACAUGGUGGAGACCCUGGAACAGUAUAAAUUUGUAUACGAGGUGGCACUGGAAUAUUUAAGCUCCUUUUAGCCCAGCAGGAUGGGGAACCUGCUGGAAUCCAGAGGUUGCUGCAGCCAAGCCCCCUUUUCUGUGAAUGGCAGUGACUGGGCUCAGGGGCAAAGAGGCACCUGCCCAACUCCAAGGAGAAGACUGGUGGUCCCGUGGCCAUGGUGGGCUCUGCACUUUCUGAGGGGUCUCCUGUGGCUGUGGGAGAUGCUGCUCUGAAAGGCCCAGGCUUCCCUUCUGCACCCAAGCAGCCACAGCCGUGGAAGUGCAUCCGUGGCAAGGCCCUGGAUUUUUCAGUUCCCAGACCUCUUGCUUUUGCUCCUUUCGAGUUUGUGACUCUCAUGGCAAGCCGAGGAGUGACAGUCUCCGUUGCCAGUGGGAGGGUAGGGGAUGCGCGUUCUGCUCCUCCGUGCUGUCCUGGAAAUGAUGGGGCCCUCCUGCCCGCUGCAGUCUCCUUCAGGGACCUUUGGCACUGCACCCCUUCCAGUCCGGAUCAGUGUGACCUUGGGACACUCCCAAAUACAGCAGAAGUCCCCCGCCCUCACACCUAACCUGCAUGGGGCCUGGCCCACCGCCACUCUGCACCCCUUCCCCAGCCUGGGCCCCGGCCUGUCAUUCUCUGGCCAGCCCGCUGUGUCCACCACCACUCUUUGAUAAAGGUUUUCCUUGCUUGUGUUUGUGGUCAGUGGGAGGGAGAGUAGAGCCCUUUGCUGCUCCUCCUUGUCCUUGUGAAAAGCAGCCACCUCCCUGGGGCAGGGGCCUUGCUGACCCCAGUCUCUCGGGUGGGAGCUUUGUUCGGGAGGGGCAAAUGAGGUUUGGAUUUUCCAGAGGGUAUGUGAAAAGAAACUUUCUUUUGGGAGGUGUAAAAUCCUAGUCUUUUUUUGUCCAAAUGGAAAGAGGAGGAAUGUGUAGCUAUAAGACACAUCUCUCAGGCCUAUCAUCUUUCUUGGCUGAGACUAGCUCUGAAUGUUCUUCAAAGGUCCCUCCCUGGGGCAGCACAGCCAUUGAGCAAGGGAAAAGUGAGCAGGUCUGCAGACCAUCCCUCACAGUUCUUUUCAGAUAAAGAACCAGCUUUGUGCAUAAUCUUGUAUCUCCACACUCGAACUUCUUACUAAAGAAACCCAGCUGCCAUCUCGAAAAAGGUCACUGUGUACCCAGUUAUACUUUAGUUGAAAAUAAGGCCAAAGGAGAUCAUGCCUGGGGACCUAGGGUCUUACCCAAAGUCUGGGUGAGUCUAUGACAAGGGCCCAACCGUUGCUUGGCAUCUGUCGUGUGCCAGGCUUGGCACAUUCUGCAUCUUGCUUAGAACCCCCACGUGAGAGCUGUCAGCUGGUAUCACUCCAUUGUCCAAUGGAGGAGACUGAGGCAUCUCCCUCAGUGAUGACAAUCUGGGUUCCGUAGAGGCAGAUAAUGGCAGAGACUUAUUUGUACUGUUCUCUUCAUCUUUUGUCAGUCAAGCAAUUCUUUUAUGGAGAGAAAAUAAGAUCAGGAACUUCUGAGCAGAAAACUCCACCAUGGAACUAUAAUUCCUUUCAGAUGCCAUUUCUUCUGGGAGGCCCAGAAUUUCAGAUAUAUUUUAGCAACUCAUUCCGGCUCCCCAGGAAAGCUAGUCUUAGCUAAUUUCUUAGCCAGUUCCCUGUUCCCCCAGGCUGGGAGGUCUGACAGCUAAGGACACUGUCCCUACCUUGGCCUCUAGCCUGUGCUAAGGCACAGUACCUGGUGGGCUUGGGGUGGCCUGCCAUCCAGAAUGCUCCACCUUGGAGGCUGGUCGAACCCCAGACAAGGCAUGAGGAGCACAGAAUUCAAUAAGGCACAGCUUUUGCUCUCAAGAGGUCACUGUAAAUUGGGGAAGUUGAACCUCACUGCACUGGGGGUGGGUGUCAAGCCUCUGAGUGCUAUUUGAGUCUAAGAUCAAGAGAGACUGCCUAGGGCUUCCUAGAGGAGGUGACAGCCAUUCCAGCUGGGUCUCAACAGGUAGAAAAGGAAGAAGGGAAUUUCAGGCCAAGGAAUCAAGCAUUUGCAAUGGCAAAGACGUGAGAAAAGGCCUGGGGUGGGGUGGCGGUGUAUGGAGGGAGGUGGGCCCAGCUGGAGCAUAGCACAGCAGGUGUGGCGGGAGGUGAGUGCAGGGGCACCCCUGUGGGCAUCAGGGAGCCCGCAGAGCUUUUGAGCGAUGCGCUCGGUUCAGUGUUGGAGAAGGCUCACUCUGGGGCCAGUGAGGCUGCCUCUUUUCCUAUCAUCAGACACUGUGAAAACAUUCCCUUAAGUGUAUACUUUUUAAUAACACAUCUAUUUGUCUGUCUGCUCAUAGUUUUGUUGCUGGAACAAAAUGUGCAGUGGAGCAUGAGACUCAGCCUCUGCCUCAGGGUCUCUGCUCUACCACGGGGCCAAGUGACCGAGCCAGGCCUGCAGGCUUAUGAGGAUGGGCGUGAAAGGAGCCCUCAGAAGCUGCUCUCAUUGGCACAGGCUUGGGAGCUGUCUGGAUGUCCCUGGACACCAGGCUUGAUCAAGGCAGGGCUGUCACUUUGGGGGUUCAUAAGGAAGUGAAGGGAAGCAAAGGAGACCCCCAGUGAAUCCAUUCUUCUCCUCUGAUGGGCCCCUUCCUGGGUGUGCCUGAGCAGGUCCCCAGGCCCUCUGUGGUCCUGCUGGCUUCCCCUGCCUCCGCUCCAUGCCUCCAGCAGCUUGUAGUAUAUGCUCUUUUCUCAGAUCCUGGCUCACCCAUACAGAAUUGGGGGGGAGUGGCAACUGACACAAAUCCUAGCAGUUAUUCCAAUAUGUGACUUCAGGGAGAAGGAAAUCGGCAAAAAAACUCAGGCCAUGGUACAGUAACCAACUCAACACCCACCUCCAAUUUCCUCACAACCCAGCCACCCUGCAAAGAAGGCAGGGCGGUGAACAGGUCCUGGGCCAGUUGGCACAAGAAGAAACAGGCUCACGGAUGGGGCUGUCCUCCCUAAGAUCCCUCGUGGCAGGAGCUUCGAUGAGAUGGGGCACCCGUGCGCAGGAAUUUGCACUGGCCCCUCCCCUGGGAAAUCUGAGCAAGCUCCACCUCCCUGGGGGCAUUCUCCCCACAGCGCACUCUUAGGGUGGGCUCACCUCUCAGAGGAAACUAGUAUAAAUGCUCUUAGAGUCUCCACAACACAGCCUCUCAGCUCCAGGGUACCAGAGAGAGAGCCCCUCCUUACUACAGAGCUCCAUGGUUCUCACCUCCUAGUUAUGGACCCUGUUUGGAGGCAAUGUGAGGAGUUAAUGAGAAUCUGGGAACCAUCCCAGGUUGCAUGUGCAUAUGGCCAGGAUGUAGUUUCUGGGUGUAUCUCGCUGUUCUGCAACAUCAUUAGGGCUCACCCAGCUCACCAGACGGAGAUCUUGGAUCCGUCUGGGGCCUCUGGGCCUCUAGAUGACCAGGGUAGGCCUCCCUUCAUGGGAACAGAAGGCAUCAGCUUGCAGGUAGUACCAGCAGCCCUGUGCUGGGCACUCUAACAUGUGAAUUCACUGAAUUCCUCCAACAUCCCUAAAAGGUGUUUGUGAUUGUCCCCAUGUCACAGGUGAGGAAACUGAGGCUCAGAGGGGAGAAACCACUUGCCCCAUAGUUUCACAGUCAGGGGAAGAGGAUUUAAAUUGAUUCCUCAGACUUCAGAGACAGGAUUGUCCCACCUCCAUGUCUCAGAUUUUCCUUGGGGCACCCCUUAACAGCAAAGACUAGAGUGAAAGAGAUUACCCAGUGGAUCUUCUAAAGCCCAAAGUUUCAUAUUUUACAACCAUUCAUACAAAAUUUGCAUUCCACUCUAUUUGCCUGAUUUGCUUUAAUACGACUAUAUAAAUAUUUUUCUAAACCAUAUGCCCUGCCCCUCAUAUGGCUUUGAUCACCUCAACUCACUACAAUGGGCCCUAGGAAACUCUAUCCCAGUCUGCAGGGCAUAGUGCCUGGCCACGCUGCUGCCCCAUGAAGCACCUAUGGUAUGCAGGGCCCUGGAGGGGGCACUGCCAGGAUGCACAGGCUACUAUGGCACUGUUCAUCCCGUGGUGAGGAAAGGUGUGGUGGUGGAAAGAGCUCAGAUCCAGCCUUGCCAACCAAUUAGUGGAAAAAGAUGUGAAAAAAGGAGCCUCUGCUCAAAGGGGUAGAAUCAGAGAGCUCUGAACAGGGAGACAGAGGGGCCAGGCCAAGAGGUUGAGACCCCACAAGAAUACUCAGAACCAAAGAUGCUUAUGGACUAUUGGGCAAAGUGGUCACCUCUGUGACACAGCAUGACAGGUGGAGAAGGACUGGCCAGAACCACUUGGAGCUGGGGUGUUGCUUUGACCCUGGAACAAGUCUCAGAGUCUUGGAGAAAGGAUGAUAAUUUUCCCUCUGAGCAAUCACAUGGCUAAGCCAGCUCCUGCUGUGUGUCCUCACACGGCCUCUGGUGUGAAUCCCUGUUGUGUGCAUAGAGGAGUUAGUCUAGCAAAUGGCACAAGUGAGGCCAACAGAAGAGCAGUCAGGUGUUUAUCAUGUCAUCUCUGCAGGAGUAACUGCGCAACCCAGAUCCAGAGGCACUGACGGGUGCGACAGUUCCCCUGCACCUCACUGCUCUAAAACAAAACAAAGUCACCAUCUCUUAGCCUUCAUCUGGCCACUCCUGGGCUGCCCAGAAAGGCAAUCAGCACCACGCUGAGUCAGGAGUAAUGUCAUGGAAAACGUGGGUGAGCCCAAGGGUAAGAGGAGCAGGAUGCUAAUCCUAAACCGUAAGGCCAAUGGAUCGUGUUGGGCCAAGAUUCCUGGGUACAAAUGGUCAACCCAAGCUGCAGGGCCAGUCAGUAGAUGAGACAUGAGUCACAUGGAUGGCCAUUGCUUCUCAAAGCCCUGACUUGCCUUUCCCGUCAUCUAACUAGUCUAAGCUGCUUCUCAGCCAGUGAUACCAACUCCAAAUCACAGCCAAGUAAAACACAAAAAUAGGCAAAGUGAAUCCAACUAGAGGAGACUCCCUGAGAUUCAACCUUAUUCCUAUACUCCCAUGCAAGAGCUCCAUGUUGGAGGCGUUCCAUGUCGACAUAUCCAGAAGUGAUAACAUGCAGGGCCUUGGCCUCACCUAACCGAGAUCUAUCUGCCUUUGAGGUCCUGUAUGGUCUGAGCAUCAGGGAGAGAAGUCAGUAGCCCUGAGUUGAGGGGACAGUUCUACUCCUAUUUCUUCUGGCACAUAUUUCAGGGUUAUGGAUAUGAUCCUCAGAAGCACAGCGGAGAUGUCUAAGCCAUAUUCAUGCACAGGAGGCUCUCCUCCAGUUUGUUGUUGACCAGAGACAGACGUUUGCAUGGCACUGACUAUACGAACCUCUUGUACUGACCAAGACCAGCUCUUGCAAACCCCCUCCCCACCUCCAGAGAGAUGGAGAAAGAUCAUCAAAGGGGCCACAUUCACCCCCUGAAGUCUACCCCAAGGUGUAGUCAGUGCCUACAGUGGGAGAUCCCAGGCCUGGCAUCCUAGCUAUCUCGGGAGUGGUCCGCUGGAGCUGAUUCAAGGGAUAGGGAGAGACUCACAAUGUCAGGAGGCCUGUAGGGAAGAGCUGUUGAGCUGGAUCACCAUAGAGCUUCCCUCUCGAUCUGAGAGCUGCUCCAAGUGAUGGGAUUCAAAUCCUGAUCCUUGGUUGUAAUGUUCAAAGAAUGAGAGUCUGGGGGCCUUAGGGUGUUGGACAGGAAGAAUUGGUAUGAAAGCCUGGAGUUCAGGGAAACCAGUGUAAUUCAUAGUUCUUAAAUUCCUGGUGAAUGGGAUUUUGAGAUUGGGGACAGAAGGGGAAUGUGAAGUAACCUGCCUGUACAACAAAUCGAGUCCCUGUACAUGUACUUCAGUGCCUUUGAGCUUGUGAAUGCAAAUCAGUGGGCCUCCUACGUGAUGGUCCAACAAACUCUUAGUGCCCACAUGCCCCUCUCUCCCCCAUGGAAGAUUAACAAUGUGAGAUGUUCUUUGGGUUAAAGCCUCCAGGGUGGUCUGGAGGCUCAGAGGGCAAAGUGGUGUCAUCCAAGUCACAUCAGGCUUCCAGAGGGUCAGGUGGAAGGCAAGUGCCUAUAUUCUCCAGUCUGUAGGUUAUUAGACAAAUUCAAGCACAAUUUGCUAGUGCCAGGCACUCCCACGAGUGGAACCAAGCCCAGCAGCGGAACUUAGUAACUGUAAGGAAGCACUUGCUCUCUGCCAGAGAGGAUGAGAUGGCCUUGAAUUUCCUCCCCCCUAGACGGGUGAGAUCCUAUGGAACUAGGACCAUGUUUGAACUCCUUUGUUCUUGCCAAGCACCAGCGUCUGCUUGGUUUGUGCAGGUUGAAGCUUCCUGCUCUCCUGCCUGAGUCUUCCCACCACUCAGGCCAAGAUGCUGCUCUGGUCACACAUCCAGGGCUCACCCAGACUGGUUAUCACUAAACAGCCAGAGAGAGCCGCUGCUUUGCCACAGACCCAGUGCCCAUCAAGAUCUCUGAUGAGACCAGCCAUAAUUCAGACCACUGACCAACAGAAUCAUCACAGACAGCCAGAACCAGUAAGUGUCCGUGCAGGACCCAGAGAAGGGCUUUGCUUACCGUACACAUUAUCUCCAGAGGUUAAGUCCACCCCCACGCCCCGCUCAAGGCCCUUGGAGCAGAUUGCAGAGGCAAAAGCACAGUGACCCAGUUGGCAUAUGAUUAUAAUUGGCCCCAGGGCAUCCAUUUCAUUGCCAGGUGGACCCUGGGCUAGCCCCGGGUUAAUCCAGGCUAACCCAUAUUGGCAAUCAGACUCAAAAGCACUUUUCUACCUUCUCUUUUCCCCCUACAUCCUACUAGCCAAUGAAAGGCAAAGCAUAGAAGCUUCUCCCUUGCCUGGGCAGCAGGACACCAUCAUAGCCCUCUAAGGGCCACCCUGGGGUUCCCACUCCACUCCAGGGAGACUGACACUCUCACGUCCACUGGGCUUAUGAUACUGCAUGAGACCAAAGUCUCCACACGGUUUUCAGCCCCCUCCAUGAGUCCCAGUGGCCUGCACUGUACAGUUUGGGUGUUUGAUAGAUAAAGCACGUAUGAGAAGAGAAAACAAAAUAAAUCAACUACAAAAAAAAAAAAAAAGCCAGCACCAUGCUGUCAAUGUUCUUUUUUUUCCUGUUUCCUUUCCAAUUCUGGCUGAGAAAAGCAGAAGGUAAAUAAUGUCGGGUCAAUGAAUAUCAGAUAUAUUUUUUGACUGUACCUUAUGGUGAAGUGUAAUCUUUUUACACCUGCAAGUCCAUCUUAUUUAUUCUUGUAAAUGUUCCCUGACAAUGUUUGUAAUAUGGCUGUGUUGGAAAUCUAUACAAUAAAGCUGUGACCCUGA